GAGAGAGAGAUUGGGUAUUAUUGUUGCUUUCAAGGAGGCUGCUUUUGAUUGGAAUUUCCGUGUAUAGGAUGUUGGUGAGUUAAGGUAAGCAGAGUUUGCCUUAGUUUUCUGAGCUCACAAAUAUAGUACAAUUCCGAGAGAGAGAGAGAAAGAAGAAGAAGAAGAAGAAGAAGAAGAAGAAGAGAUGGGGAUGCAAAGCAUGGUAACAAAGGGUUGGGGUGAGUCUAAGAAGACAUGGCACAUAGCAGGGCCAGCAAUAUUAACAGGAGUAUUCCAGUUCUCCCUAAGUUUUGUCACUGUUGCCUUUGUUGGUCAUAUUGGUGAAGUUGAGCUUGCUGCUGUUUCUGUUGUUCAGAAUGUCAUUGAAGGUUUUGCUUUUGGUGUCCUGUUAGGAAUGGGAAGUGCAUUGGAAACAUUGUGUGGACAAGCAGUUGGAGCUGGACAAUUAAACAUGCUAGGAAUUUACAUGCAAAGAUCAUGGGUCAUAACCGGAGUCACUGCAUUAAUUCUCACACCAUUCUAUGUAUUCACAUCACCAAUUUUAAAGCUUCUUCGUCAGUCCGAGAACAUUUCGGUUACAGCCGGAAAGUAUGCUUUAUGGGUUAUCCCUCAAUUGUUCGCAUAUGCGAUGAAUUUUCCAUUGCAGAAGUUUUACCAAGCUCAGAGUAAGGUCUGGGUCAUGACAAUGAUCGCUGGUGUAGUCCUGGCUAUACAUGCUCUGUUGAACUGGAUUUUUGUGACGAAACUGGAUUAUGGUUUGGGGGGUGCAGCAAUUGUUGGAAAUAUUUCUUGGUGGCUUAUCAAUUUGGCUCAAAUGGUGUAUUUGAUGUCAGGUUUCUUCCCCGAAUCAUGGACCGGUUUUUCUUGGCUCGCAUUCACAUCUCUUUCUGGAUUUAUAAAGCUUUCACUUGCAUCAGCUGUCAUGCUAUGUUUGGAGUUGUGGUAUUAUACGGCAGUAAUCAUUCUUGUGGGUUGCUUGAAAAAUCCAGAGGUUGCUCUUAGUGCUAUUUCAAUAUGUAUGAACUACCAGCUUUGGACAUUGAUGAUUGCUCUGGGUUUUACUGUUGCAGUAAGUGUGCGAGUAUCGAAUGAACUGGGAGCAGGACAUCCAAAAGCAGCCAAGUUUGCUGUUAUAGUGUCAGUUGCAACUUCGUCUUUUCUCGGGCUCAUUUUCAUGGCUGUAGCUCUCAUUGCUCGAAAGCAGUUUCCCAAAUUUUUCAGUGACCAACCCGAUGUUAUAAGGGAGACAUCCAAGCUCGGUUAUCUUCUAGGUGUUACAAUGCUUAUCAACAGCAUUCAACCUGUUCUCUCAGGUGUUGCAAUAGGGGCAGGGUGGCAAUCUUUAGUUGCAUUUAUAAAUAUUGGGUGUUAUUACUUGCUUGGAUUGCCGGUUGGAGCUGUUCUUGGCUUCAAGCUGAAGCUCAAUGCAAUGGGAAUUUGGUUAGGCAUGUUGGUAGGAUCUAUAUUGCAGACCAUAAUCCUGUUAUGCAUUACAUUCAAGACACAAUGGCAGAAAGAGGCCUUGCAAGCCGAGGAACGCAUCAAGACAUGGGGAGGAGCAAUAGAGCCUCGGUCAAGUCCAUGAUAUUCAAAACACAAACUUCUUUCCAUUUAGGUUCAGCAUACAACGACAAAAAAGCUUGGAUAGAAGAGUUGAAUGUGUUUGUUUUCCUCUGACCUUGUUCUUUUGUAUCAUUGUAAUUUCCGGUUAUACACAGUAUAAAUAUAUGCAAUACCGACUCAUUAAAAGUUUGAUUUAAAGAUCCAAAUUUAAUGAAAAAAAAAAUAAUACAAUGCGUAAUGGCAAGCAUACAACCAGGCAUGGUUUACUUUCAAACAGAGAUGAUCUUUUACUGGUUUAUGGUCAGAGCUGUUUAUGUAAUCAAUGGAUUUGUA